GUAGACUACUUUCGUCAAUACUUACAUUCAUGUACGUGUUCUUGUAUAGUUAGAAUACCGUCAAACAUAACGUUGUAUAUCUUGAUCUUUUUGGUGCAUCUUUUUUACGUUUUGAAAUAGGUAAAAAUACAUUUGUAUAUAAAACGAAAGUUGUCACAUAUAGCUCAAAGGAGAUAUAAGUUUUGAGAUUUAACUGGUAAACAAAGAUGUCUACCCACUGCGAGGAAGAGUUUAUGCUGAAAAAUAUUUGGUUUCAUCACAAGAGACCAAUCAUUUUCGUCACUUCGCAGUUCGGACCGCAUGCUUUAUACCCGGCAUGGAAUGCGAUUCAGCUGAUCUACCACAUCAUUGUUCUGACUAUUGACGGGUCCCAGGCAGGAAAACAAAAUGACGAACCAACUGGAAACUAUUUCUUGUAUCUACCCAACUGGGCCUAUAUGCUUCUCGUUCUGUCAAAUAUUGUGGACUUAGCUGUAACAUUGUAUGUCCACUGUCUUGCAAAGUAUAUUCUGGAAGAACGUGAAAAUGAGAAGGCUGAAGCUGAGGUCGUCAUGAGAAAUAAAGCUGUAAAGAUAAGUUACAAAACCAUGGGAAAGUACUACAAAAUGAGAGGCUAUCUGAAGGUCUCAUGGGUGUUUUUCACACUGUCUUCUGUUGUGGGCAUCACAGUUACAAUUUUGUAUUGGACGGUACAUUUCUACAGUGUUGGUAUGAAUGAAUAUUCAAGUGUUGGUUCGAACUACAACUUAAAUGGCAUGCGUAUUGAUGAAAAUACACUGGAUUUCGGAACUCUAGCCUUCACUUUUCUAAACACUAUAGUGAUCCUCAUCCAUAUUACCAUAACAGCGAAACCGUUUCGACUUCUCCAUUUUUAUAUGCCAGUUAUCUUUGUCGCAGCAUACGUGGGUUUUAGUAUCAUUUACCAAUGGUGCAGCGGAAACUAUAUUUACAAUAUAUUAGACUGGGAUCAAGUAUUCCCUACAACGGGAAUUGCCUACGGCGUCGUUUUUAUAGUUGUUCCUUUGGUACAUUUAGUGGUAUAUGGCCUUGUUCAAGCUCGAAUCAAGGUUGGCACGUGGUGUCGAAUAAAGUACUCCUUUAGAAAAUGGAAAAAGAAGAAAAUCAGGCCAGCAGAACCGGAAGUCGAUCCUCAGACUAAUGUUAUGAGAUGGCUGGCGUCAAGUGGGUUAGAGAAAACAGACAGCAGAAGAAUUAGUGGUAAUAGACCUAGUGCGUCUUCCAGCAGAGCAACAAGUCAUAGGGCAGAGAUAUCGUCCGUGUAGUCCGAAACAUCUCUUUGAGCUAAAGCAAUUUGACCAAUAACAAAAUAAAUGUAAUUACAUUAAAACAUUGUGAAGAAAAUAAAAAUAUUCAUGGAAAACCAUUAAAAAGAGUGAUACGUAAUUUCUUUCAUUUCUUCAAGUAUUGUUGGAAUGUGUCAUUCAAUAUUUAUAUUUGUCUAAAUAUAUGUGUAUGUUAUUUCAUUUCAAAUGUUUAUCAUUGAUAUAUGUUAUAUAUUGUCAUUUAUUUUGCCUAAGCAUUUUGUUCAAGUUUGUUCUCAUUUUUACGUUGAGACGAUAUAUGUCUGUUUGCGUCCGUCCUUUUGAAACAUUCCGGACGUUUCGAAGUAUUGAUCCUUGCAAGUAUAGAGCUUAUGUUAUUCUAAACAAUAUCACGCGAGUGUUUUCAAUGAUACAGCUAUAUGUAACAUAUUUGGAAAGGUAUUUAUGUAACCGAACUGCAAUUAGUUUGCAGUCCGUAUAUAUAAUAAUUGUUUCAAAAUAUUCGUAUGUUAUUAUGCGAAACAUAUAGAACAUCUUGAACAUCUUGAUUAAAGCCUUGAAAAAGGAAUUGUAUUCAAGUACACAAGUCAACGCAAUUAAGCGAUUAACGAAUCCUGUUUUGGAUAUAUCUAAGAAUUAUUUUUGACAUCAGAAAGGAAUUUGACAAAACUUAACACAAAAAUACACAUAUUUGAUAAUAUCCUAUUUAAGGCGUUUAAUGCAUCUAUCGUAAUUCUUAGUCCGUAAUUAAGUGGGGACAGGCUAGAACUUUUAAAUCUUUAGUUACCAUGCAAAGACAAAACUUGGUCUCGUAGAAUCUUUCGCAGUUGAUGCGCCACCACUCUCUAGCCUACAUGUAAUUUCAAAAGCGUUAUUAAAACAAAAGUUUGAAACAUAUCAAUUUGCUGUUGAAUUUGUCUAUGCUUUACUAGACGGGGAAUUAACAAUACCUUUAAUAUAAACUCUUCUACCAGCACUUUUUGAAAGAAAAAAGAGAUACAAAU